AUGAUGCGCCGUCGCACGUCCCACAGCGUCGGCGCGCUGCUCCUGCUGCUGGUAGCGCGCGGCGCCCCGAGCGCCGGGUCGCCGGCGAGCGGGACGCUGGCCCGCCCGAGGCUGGAGGGUUCGGCGAGCGGUCGCCCUCGCGAGCCGCAGGCCGAGUUCGGCAGGCGCCAGGCUACCAGCGGCGCGCAGUUGCUCAAGCUCUUGGCGGGUGAUGGGGUCAACGAAAGCCAGUUCGGUUUUUCGGUGGCCGUGAGCUCCGACGGGGCCCGCGUGGUGGUAGGGGCCACUGGUGACGACGACUACCAGGGCUCCGUGCACGUGCUCGACGGUACCACCGGCGAGAGGCUGCUCAAGCUUGUGGCGAGUGAUGGGGCCGCAGGCGACAAUUUCGGUUUCUCGGUGGCCGUGAGCUCCGACGGGGCCCGCGUGGUGGUGGGGGCCAAAGGUGACGACGACUACCAGGGCUCCGUGCACGCUCCGCGUACGUGCUCGACGGUACCACCGGCGAGAGGCUGCUCAAGCUUGUGGCGAGUGAUGCGGCCGCAUACGACAAUUUCGGUUACUCGGUGGCCGUGA